GUCUGGGCGCAGCCCCGGGCAGACGCGCCGAGCCGAGCCGAGCCGCGCCGGCAGGCAGAAAAGAGGGACCCGCUGCCGACCGCCGCCACCGCCGCCUCCCGUCCGCUCCGCUCCGCUCCGCUCGCCUAGCAACGCGGAGGACCCUCCGCCGCCCCUCCGCCUUUCUCCGCCGCCGCUCCCCAAGAGCCCCGCGGCCAUGGACGGCAGCCGGUGCGCGGCCCUGGCUCUGCUGCCGCCGCUGCUGCUGCUGCUGCUCGCUUGGUGCCUGGCCCCCGGCGGCAGCGCCGAGCGGCAAUUCCUCAACGAGUGGGCGGCGGAGAUCCCGGCGGGCCCCGACGUCGCCAGAGCCAUCGCGGAGGAGUUGGACUACGACCUCGUGGGCCAGAUUGGAUCACUCAAAAACCACUACCUGUUCAGGCACAGAAGCCACCCCCGGCGGUCUCGGAGGAGUGCCAUUCACAUCACCAAGAGGCUUUCUGAUGAUGAGAGGGUGUCGUGGGCAGAGCAGCAGUAUGAAAAGAAGAGGACCAAGCGUGGCACUGUGAGGGACUCUGCAGAAGAUCUGUUCAAUGAUCCCAUGUGGAACCAGCAGUGGUACUUGCAAGACACCAGGAUCACUCCAUCCCUGCCCAAGCUGGACCUGCACGUCAUUCCUGUGUGGCAAAAAGGGAUUACCGGCAAGGGAGUUGUCAUCACAGUGCUGGAUGAUGGCUUGGAGUGGAACCACACCGACAUCUACGCCAACUAUGAUCCAGAGGCAAGUUAUGAUUUCAAUGACAAUGACCACGACCCCUUUCCUAGAUAUGACCCAACAAAUGAAAACAAGCAUGGGACAAGGUGUGCAGGAGAAAUUGCCAUGCAAGCCAACAACAGGAAAUGUGGAGUAGGAGUGGCCUACAAUUCCAGAGUUGGAGGCAUCCGGAUGCUGGACGGGAUUGUCACCGAUGCCAUUGAAGCCAGCUCCAUCGGGUUCAACCCUGAGCAUGUGGACAUCUACAGUGCCAGCUGGGGCCCCAAUGAUGAUGGCAAAACUGUGGAGGGACCUGGGAGGCUGGCACAGAAGGCUUUUGAGUAUGGCAUAAAGCAGGGGAGAAAGGGGAAAGGCUCCAUCUUCGUGUGGGCCUCAGGGAACGGUGGCCGCCAGGGCGACAACUGCGACUGCGAUGGCUACACCGACAGCAUCUACACCAUCUCCAUCAGCAGUGCUUCCCAGCAGGGCCUGUCCCCCUGGUAUGCAGAGAAGUGCUCCUCAACCCUGGCCACAGCCUACAGCAGCGGGGACUACACUGACCAGAGAAUUACAAGUGCUGACCUCCACAACGAGUGCACAGAGACUCACACUGGCACCUCCGCCUCUGCCCCGCUGGCAGCAGGAAUCUUCGCCCUGGCGCUGGAGGCCAACCCAGAUCUCACCUGGAGGGAUAUGCAGCACUUGGUGGUGUGGACCUCGGAGUAUGAUCCACUGGCUGGAAAUCCAGGAUGGAAGAAGAACGGAGCAGGGCUGAUGGUCAACAGCCGGUUUGGGUUUGGGCUCCUCAACGCCAACGCCUUGGUGGACUUAGCUGACCCCAAAAGGUGGAAAGGUGUCCCAGAGAAGAGGGAGUGCAUUGUCAAGGACAAAAGCUUUGAACCCAGGUUGCUGAGAGCAAAUGAGGAGGUCAUCAUUGAAAUCCCCACCAAAGCCUGUGAGGGACAGGAGAACUCCAUUGCAUCCCUGGAGCAUGUGCAGCUGGAGGCCACCAUAGAGUAUUCCAGGAGAGGAGACCUUCAUGUCACUCUGGUGUCUCCAUCAGGGACCAGCACUGUCCUCCUGGCUGAGAGAGAGAGAGAUAAAUCUCCAAAUGGGUUCAAGAACUGGGACUUCAUGUCUGUCCACACCUGGGGAGAGAACCCCACAGGCACCUGGGUGCUGAGGAUUACUGAUGUGUCCAGGAGGAUGCAGAAUGAGGGCAGGAUUGUGAACUGGAAGCUGAUUCUGCAUGGCACUGCCACCCAGCCCGAGCACAUGAAGCAGCCUCGUGUCUACACCUCCUACAACGCCGUGCAGAACGACAGGAGGGGAGUGGAGAAAGUGACAGACUCUGCAGAGGACCAUACCCCCCAGGAGAGUGUGAGUGCCAGCCCCAAAGCCACAGAGGAGACCACCAGCAGCAGCAGCAGUGACAGAGCAGAAGACAAAAUCCCUUCAGAGGCCAUGCUGCACUUACUGCAGAGUGCCUUCAGCAGGCAGAAGGCUCCCAAGAGGCUGCCCAAGAAGACUGCCAGCGAGAAGCCCAGGAUCCCUUACGAGCACUUCUACCAAGCCCUGGAGAAGCUCAACAAACCCUCCCAGCUGAGAGACUCAGAGGAAAGCCUUUACAGUGACUAUGUUGACCUUUUUUACAAUGCCAAACCCUACAAGCACAGGGAUGACAGACUGCUGCAGGCCUUGGUGGACAUCAUCAAGGAAGGCAACUGAAACCCACAGGGCACAGGCAACAGAGAGCUGGAGAUCUUCAUCUUCCCUUUCCCCUCCUGACCCCAUCACCGUCAUCUUCACCACCACCACCCCCUUGUAGUUUAUUUUCAGCAGUCUGUUGUGUGCUCUUGUUGUGUGAUUGCUGCUUUGGUUGCUUUUCAUAUUCAAGGCAAAUCUCAAAGAAGGGAAAGAAAAAAAACAACAACCCAAACAAACCAAACCAAACAACCAGCCAA